UGCCUGGAAGUCCCCUUCGAGACCUAUCAGAGGUCCUUAGGUAAACACAGAUAACCACGUGGAAAUUCACCUUGUCAGGGAAGGAGAGCUCAGCACAGGUGCUCAGAGGCGGCUGGGUCAGAAGCAGACUGUUUUUGGAAGACAAGCACAUAUAAGACACGCCAGAGAAACGCUCGCGCGAAAAUACUGCUGUCUGUGAGCAGAAAUGGCCUGGCUUGCCCUCCUCCUCCUGAGCCAGCUCUGGGCUCUGGCUGGGACCUCUGCCCGGGUCAGAAGCUCCUGCUCUGUGCCCUCAGGAGAACAGCCCUGGGUUGACAACAUCCAAGUGCUCAUGGAGGACUCGGUAAUGCCGUCCACCCUCCCCAACCCUAGCGUCCUGAUCGCCAUGAACUUGGCCGGACCCUACAACCUGGAGGCCCAGGAGGACCUGACUAACGAGCUCGAGAGCAGUGACACCGCUGACCUAACCACGGGACAAGUUGCCCUCACCAUCAUGGCCCUCAACUCUUCCUGCAGAAACCCUGGGAGCAAAGUGUCGGAUCUACAGAGAGAAAUGGAGAGCUGGUCACCCCCAGCCCCCAGGGAGGAAGCCACAGCCUUCUACUCACCCGGUCUGGCGAUCUUGGCGCUGUGCCAGAAGAACUCCGAGGCCACCUUGCCAAUAGCCACCAUCUUCGCCAAGGCCUUGCUGGCCAACACCUCUCCCUUCCACGUGGGCACUGGAGCCGUGGCCACUUUGGCUCUGACGUGCAUGUACAACAAGACCCCUGUAGGCUCCGGGGACAGUUACCGAAACCUGUUCAGUCAGGUAUUGAAGAGGAUUGUGGAGAAUAUCAGCAUGAGGAUCAAAGACAAUGGCAUCAUUGGAAACAUUUACAGUACUGGCCUUGCCAUGCAGGCUCUCUCUGUGACACCUGUGCAGCCCGCCAAGAAGUGGGACUGUGAGCAGACGAUGACUAUCGUACUUGAUGAAAUUAAGCAGAGAAAAUUCCAGAACCCCAUGUCCAUUGCCCAAAUCCUCCCAUCUCUGAAAGGCAAGACCUACCUAGAUGUGCCCCACAUGACUUGUCGUGGUGACCAAGGAGUGGCACCAACUGUCCCCACCUAUCCCAUCCCGGUCCCCACCUCAGCAUCCAACAUCACCGUGGUCUACACCAUAAACAACCAGCUGAGGGGUGUGGACCUGCUCUUCAACGUGACCACUGAGGUCAGCGUGAACGGGGGGUCCGUGCUCCUUGUGGUCCUAGAGGAAGCCCAGCGCAAAAGCCCCGUGUUCAAAUUUGAAACAAGAAUGACAUCUUGGGGCCUUAUGGUUUCUUCUAUCAACAACAUCUAUGAAAAUGCUAAUCACAAGACCUACUGGCAGUUUCUCAGUGACGGGACACCUUUGAGUGAAGGGGUCGCUGAGUACGUACCCUUCAACCACGAACAUAUCACGGCCAACUUCACCCAGUACUGAGAAGGACGUGGGAGCUGCCGGACACCUUCAGAGCACGGGGGAAGAUUUGCACUGUAUUUCAAGCCUGUGCAAAAGUAUGGGUGUCUACCAUGCUCCCCUGCUCCUGGUUAGAAUCCUGCUCUAUGUAGAAUCAAUGAUGCAAAGUCUCCUAUGUCCCAACAUCUGUGACUCAUGAAAAUAAAAUCUCCAGCUUCUGAAUGCA